ACAGUUGUGUGGUCGGAGGCUUCAGAGCGCCAGAGAAGCGGAGUGUGCGCGAGCUGCUGCUGCGGGAGAAGGGUCGAGUUGACGGGGUCAAUACAAGUUGUCAGACGUUCGACCGGUGGAAACAAUCCGCGGACACGUCGUCGAGGGAGAAGCGGAGAAGUUCACUCGGUCUCCCGGUGGCGUUUACGUGCUCACCGGAAGUGUCGGUGUUUAGCAGAUUUAACCCCGAGGAGGAGAGGAGGAGAGGAGCCAUGACGUCACACAACCUGAGCGGGAUCAAACGGGACGAGAAGGGUCGAAACAUCCAGGUGGUGGUGCGAUGCAGGCCGUUCAACACGAUGGAGCGCAAGUCGUCGCACGGCGUGAUCGACUGCGACCAGGGCAGGAAGGAGGUGCUGGUGAGGACGGGCGGGAUGAACGACAAGGCGUCGAGGAAGACGUACACGUUCGACAUGGUGUUCGGUCCGGCCGCGAAGCAGAUCGACGUGUACCGGAGCGUCGUGUGUCCCAUCCUGGAUGAAGUCAUCAUGGGAUACAACUGCACUGUAUUUGCCUACGGUCAGACGGGAACAGGGAAGACGUUCACCAUGGAGGGGGAGCGGAGUCCGGACGAACAGUUCACCUGGGAGGAGGACCCUCUGGCCGGGAUCAUCCCGCGGACGCUGCACCAGAUCUUCGAGAAGCUCUCGGAGAACGGCACCGAGUUCUCCGUCAAAGUGUCGCUGCUGGAGAUCUACAACGAGGAGCUGUUCGACCUGCUCAGCCCGAGCGAGGACGUCACCGAGCGGCUGCAGCUGUUCGACGACCCGCGCAACAAGCGUGGCGUGGUGGUCAAGGGCCUGGAGGAGGUGACGGUUCACAACAAGGACGAGGUCUAUCAGAUCCUGGAGCGAGGCUCGGCCAAGAGGAGGACGGCCUCCACGCUCAUGAACGCCUACUCCAGUCGUUCGCACUCUGUGUUCUCCGUCACAAUCCACAUGAAGGAGAUCACUAUGGACGGAGAGGAGCUGGUGAAGAUCGGAAAACUCAACCUGGUCGACCUCGCCGGCAGCGAGAACAUCGGGCGCUCGGGCGCGGUGGACAAGCGAGCUCGCGAGGCGGGAAACAUCAACCAGUCGCUGCUGACGCUGGGCCGCGUGAUCACCGCCCUGGUGGAGAAGAGGCCGCACGUCCCGUACAGGGAGUCGAAGUUGACCAGGAUCCUGCAGGACUCGCUGGGAGGACGAACGAGGACGUCCAUCAUCGCCACCGUGUCGCCGUCGUCCAGCAACAUGGAGGAGACGCUGAGCACGCUGGAGUACGCCAGCAGAGCCAAGAACAUCAUGAACAAGCCCGAGGUCAACCAGAAGCUCACCAAGCGGACGCUCAUCAAGGAGUACACGGAGGAGAUCGAGCGUCUGAAGCGAGACCUCGCCGCCACUCGAGACAAGAACGGAGUUUAUCUGUCGUCGGAAAACUACGAGGGUAUGAUGGGUCAGAUCACCGCUGGCGAGGAGCAGAUUGUGGAAUACACGGAGCGGAUCGCUGCCAUGGAGGAGGAGCUGAAGAAGGUGACCGAGUUGUUCACAGACAAUAAAACCAGGCUGGAGCAGGUCACGGUCGACCUGGACGAGAAGCAGCAGAGGCUGGAGGAGACGAGCAGAGACCUGCUGCAGACCAGAGAGAAGCUGAGUCAGGAGGAGUUCGUCUGCUCGGAGCUGAGCUCCGUCCAGGAACAGCUGUACACCACCGCCGGCCAGCUGCUGACGACGGUGGACGUCAGCACCAGCGACGUGUUUGGUCUCCACGACAAACUGGACAGGAAGAAAAAGGUGGAGCAGCACAACACGCAGAUCCAGCAGAGUUUCUCUCAGCGCAUGGACGGAGCGUUCAGCCGCAUGCAGCGCUGCGUCCAGCAGCAGGGAACCAAACAGCACGACGUGCUGAGCGGCUACUCGCACGCCAUCGAUGGUUUGCUCUCCAUGAACGAGGCGGCGCUGAAAGGAGCCCUGACCACCGUGGAGUCCUUCGUGGGCGGAGUCGGGCAGCUGGUGGCCGCCGGCGUGGCCCGCUGUCGGGCGAAGGUGGAGCAGCAGGAGGCGCUGUGUCUGCGGGACAAGGAGAGUCUGCUGCAGCUGCUGGAGGAGCAUCGGCAGGACAUGGAGGACGUCCUGGUGGUCCGGACUCUGACGGGCCUGUCGGCUGUCAGGGAGCUCAGCGACACUCUGACGGCGUCGGUGGAGACGCAGCGAGCUCUGGCCGACAAGGUGGAGGCGAUGAAGGAGACGGGCGUGUUCUUCAGCGGCCUGGUCCAGCAGCUGGCGGGGCUGCGGGAGGCGGCCGUGCUGGGCCUGAGCUCGCUGCAGGCGGAACACGAGCGACUCGAGGACGAGAUCGGCCGGGCGCAGGAGCGACACCAGACGGGCAUGAAGCAGACCAUCCAGUGUCUGCAGGACCAGCUCAACCUGCUGAGCAUGGAGACCCGGAGCGACUACGCCGAUCUGCGCUCGGCCUCCAGAGCUCUGCACAAACCUCUGCAGGGCCUCCAGGAGAACAUCAGCAGCGGCUGCAGCACCGUGGAGCUUCAGGCCUCGACCCAGGUGGACGUCCUCUCCUCCGCCUCCUCCUCGCUCGCCUCCUCACUGCGUCUGAACGCUGACGAAAGCCGACAGACGCUGGAGGAGAUGAAGGGCUACUGCUCCGACCUCCACUGCUCCGUGUCCGGUCUGGUGGAACGCGACCUCCAGUGGAGCUCCAGAGUCGGGGAGCAUGCGGAGACGCGAGCCCAGGAACAGCUCUCCCUGACGGGGCAGAGCGCCACUGAAGCUCAGACGCUGCAUCAGAGCGUGGAGACGCGCUGCGCUGAGCAGCUGCACGGAGCGCGGGAGCAGCUGUCGUGUCGGCAGGAGGAGGUGAAGCGGACCCUGGUGGCCGUGCAGAAGCAGACCUCCGCGGACCGGACCGCUCUGGACCAGCAGCGGGCCGAACUGCAGGAGCACGUGGAGACGAGCCGAGAGCUGGUCAGCGGGUUCCUGCAGGAUGAGCUGCAGCGGGACGUUCCCACCGGUGCCACCCCUCAGCGUCGGGAGUUUGUGUACCCCCGGCAGCUGGUGAAGUCUCGGAGCCGCGGCGAGCUGCUGGAGAACCUGAGGAGUCAGCAGGAGGAGCUGCUCGCGGCCAUGGAGGAGGACGAGGACGAGGAGCCCGAGGACGAGGAGGACAAACUCAGCCAGCUUGAUCACGACUCUCUGGAGGACGAGCUGAGCACCUGCAACGAAAGCGUGGCCACGGAGCCGUCCUUCAUCGACGAGAACCUCGUCUUCAACGAGAGCAAGCGCGUUCCCUUCUUCAAGAAGAAAGGAAAGAAGGAGACGAAGAUUCCCAACAGGCAGAAAGUGAUGGAAAGCGAAGCAGCGUUGACGCCUCAGAAGUCCAGACUGCCGCUCCGCUGUCAGAACUAAAACCGCUUUUAAUUCUUUUAACACCAUAUUUAAACUCUUUCUACUCUUUCCAGUGUUGUUAGUCUCGUCCUUCAAACAUUACGAAGCUGUGUCAUGAACUGUCUCUUGUUUUAGCACUGAUCGUCCCAACAUUUUGAAGAUGCUUGUAAAAUUAAAGAGAUUUAUACUUGUUUUA